GACGACAUCGUCAUGUUUGUGAAGGAUGAGCUGAAGAAGAUCCAGAAGGUUCUGAGUCCAGAUUACCCAGAAUCCUCAGAGAGUCUGGAGGAGGAUGAAGAUGAAGAGCAGAAGAGCAUCAGAGAGACAUUCAUGCAGAUCACAGUGAAGUUCUUGAGGAGGAGGAAGCAGGAGGAGCUGGCUGACCUCCUGCAGAGCAAUACCAUCACUGCCGUUUGUCAAUCCAAACUCAAAAGUGAGCUGCAGAAGAAGCACCAGCAUGUGUUUGAUGGGGUCACUAUAGCAGGAAAGACAACCCUUCUGGAGCAGAUCUACACAGAGCUCUACAUCACAGAGGGAAGGACCGGAGAGGUCAAUGAAGAACAUGAAGUCAGACAGAUUGAAGCAGCUUCCAGGAAACCAGACGGAGCAGAAACAGUCAUCAGACAGGAAGACAUCUUUAAACCCCCACCUGGAAGAGGAGGACCAAUCAGAACGGUGAUGACGAAGGGAGUGGCCGGCAUCGGGAAAACAAUGUUAACACAGAAGUUCAGUCUGGACUGGGCUGAAGGAAAAACCAAUCAGGACAUCCAGUUCCUGCUCCCAUUCACUUUCAGAGAGCUGAAUGUGCUGAGAGACAGAAGGUUCAGCUUGGUGGAACUAGUUCAUGGAUUCUUCUCUGAAACCAAAGGAAUCUGCAGCUUUGAAGACUUCCAGGUCGCGUUCAUCUUUGACGGUCUGGACGAGUGUCGACUUCCUCUCGACUUCCACAACCCUACAAUCGUUAGUGACCCCAGAAGGUCCACCUCAGUGGACGUGCUGCUGACAAACCUCAUCAGAGGGAACCUGCUUCCUUCUGCUCAUCUUUGGAUCACCACACGGCCCGCAGCAGCAAAUCAGAUCCCUCCUGAGUGUGUUGACAUGGUGACAGAGGUCAGAGGGUUCAAUGACCCACAGAAGGAGGAGUACUUCAGAAAGAGGUUCAGAAAUAAAAAGCAGACCAGCAGGAUCAUCUCCCACAUCAAGACAUCACGGAGCCUCCACAUCAUGUGCCACAUCCCAGUGUUCUGCUGGAUCACUGCUACGGUCCUGGAGAACGUCCUGGAGAAUGUCCUGGAAACCAGAGAGGGAGGGGGGCUGCCCAAAACCCUGACUGAGAUGUACAUCCACUUCCUGGUGGUCCAGGCCAAGCUGAAGAAGGUCAAGUAUGACGGAGGGGCUGAGACUGAUCCACACUGGAGUCCAGAGAGCAGAAAGAUGGUGGAGUCUCUGGGAAAACUGGCUUUUGAGCAGCUGCAGAAAGGAAACCUGAUCUUCUAUGAACCAGACCUGAGAGAGUGUGGCAUCGAUGUCAGAGAGGCUUCAGUGUACUCAGGAGUGUUCACCCAGAUCUUUAGAGAGGAGAGCAGCCUGUACCAGGACCAGGUCUUCUGCUUCAUCCAUCUGAGUGUUCAGGAGUUUCUGGCUGCUCUUCAUGUCCAUCAGACCUUCAUCAACUCUGGAGUCAACCUGCUCGGAGAUCAGACAACCUCUCACACAUCUGAAAUGCGAGAAGAAGUUCAGGAAGGGGAUGAAGAUGAUGGUGAUGAUGAUGAAGAUGAAGAGACUCACCUCUAUCAGAGAUCUGUGGACAAGACCUUACAGAGUCCAAACGGACAUCUGGACUUGUUCCUGCGCUUCCUCCUGGGUCUCUCAGUGGAGACCAAUCAGAACCUCCUACGAGGUCUGAUGACAUCAAACCAAAGAAGUUCACAGAACAAUCAGAAAACCAUCAAAUACAUCAAGGAAAAGAUCAGUGAGGACCUGUCUGCAGAGAGAAGCAUCAACCUGUUCCACUGUCUGAAUGAACUGAACGAUCGUUCUCUGGUGGAGGAGGUCCAACGGUCCCUGAGGUCUGGACGUCUCUCCACAGAUAAACUGUCUCCUGCUCAGUGGUCGGCUCUGGUCUUCAUCUUACUGUCAUCAGGAGAUCUGGAAGUGUUUGACCUGAAGAAGUUCUCAGCUUCAGAGGAGGCUCUACGGAAGCUGCUGCCAGUGGUCCAAGCCUCCAAGAACGUUCUACUGAGUGGCUGUAACCUCUCAGAGGACAUCUGUCCAGUUCUGUCCUCAGUUCUCAGCUCUCAGUCCUCCAGUCUGACAGAACUGGACCUGAGCAACAACGACCUGCAGGAUUCUGGACUGGAGAAGCUGUGUCCUGGACUGGGGAGUCCACACUGUAAUGGCUGUAACCUCUCAGAGGACAUCUGUCCAGUUCUGUCCUCAGUUCUCAACUCGCAGUCCUCCAGUCUGACAGAACUCGACCUGAGCAACAACCACCUGCAGGAUUCUGGACUGGAGAAGCUGUGUCCUGGACUGGAGAGUCCACACUGUAAACUGGAGUCUCUCAGGCUGUCAGGCUGUCUGAUCUCAGAGGAAGGAAGUGCUUCUCUGGUCUCAGCUCUGACCUCCAACCCCUCCCACCUGAGAGAGCUGGACCUGAGCUACAACCAUCCAGGGGAGUCAGUAGGGAAGAUUCUGUUUAGACUGGAGGAUCCCUGCUGGAGACUGGACACUCUCAGGUAG